AUGACUCCCUCUGAAGGGCUAUAUGGCCAGCAGCAGCCACAGCAACGUCCACACUACGUUCCAUUCUCCGCAGUCCAAGACCAUUCUAGCAAACCAUCUUCCACCCCGACCCGGCUCACAAGACCUUUAUCAGGCUUGCAUACCGCGUCGCCCAGCAACUUCGCAUCCCCAUCCACACCUUUUGCUCGCAACAUCGACGCACGUCCCAUUACAUCUAGCAACACCGCUCACCAUCUCUCUCACGGCUCGCCCUCCGCCUACGACCUCUUCAAUGAGGUCGAUUGGAUCAUUGACUUGAGUUCCCGCAUCGGCAGUGCCCUGCAGUCUCCUUCACGCACUUCAGAUGAUGCUUCUGCUUCAUCCUCGUCGCAGGCUCUCGCCCAUUCUCGAAGUCGCGUACGUCUGCCUCGACCCAGCAAGGACUUUCGAGAGUUGCAGCGCAAAGUACAACUCGACAACGGCUCGUCUUCGACAUCCACCGCUCCCGACGUAAGCCUCGACUCCAUUGCACCACUUGCUUCCGAAGAUCCUGGCACCUCGGCUAUUCAGUGGGCGCAGCAUGCACAGCAAGACUUUGAUCGUCGUCGCACCGAUUUGCGACUCUCACGCCAGGGCGUCUUGAGACAUUUGCAAAAUGGUCUCGUCGAGAGCAAUACGGACGGUGAAAUCGACGAUGCUGUGGCGGAACAGACCGUCGAUCCGGCGGUAAAGCGAAGCAUGCUCACCGCGCGGUCUCUUCAAGAACUGAUGCGUAGUGGGGGACUCCAACCAGAAGACGAUGAUCAGCAAGAUGUCGAAUUCUCGAAUCUGCUCGCAAACGCCGAACCAGUGCCCACUGGAGCAGCUGAGCUCGGCCCAUCCUCGCUCUUCAAGGCUCAUCGAGCAUCAGAUGGCUCGCUUGACAUUGAAUCAAUCCUUCAACAGCGCGCGAAAUUGGCAGCAACCGAAGACCACAACCAAGCUGGUCCAUCCAAGUCUGCAGCUAACAUGCUUGAUCUCUCUCGAGCUGCUCCAAGGCCCGUCAAGCGGCCAGUGAUCGAGAUUCUGGACGGCCUACAGCCUGCUGAUGCAUCCGAGUCCGAACAAAUCGUUGAUCACGCUCCUCAAUCCUCCCACAGCGGCUCAUCGCAGUCUUCCAGCGACUCCGAUGCAUCAAGCAGCUCAAAAGACGCGAGCUCGGACUCUGACUCGGAUGAGGUGGCAAGCGAUCGUCGUGAGGAAGCCGACGAUGACAGACGUCGAACUUCCUCGCACGUAACGCGGCCAACGCUCCCUACACCCAUGGAUCAGAUUGCCAUCGUCGAUGGAGUCUUCCAGAUCAUUCCCGCUCAGUCCCACGGCGAAGGCGAGCAAGUCCUUGACGCCAGCGGAGCCGAGCGCAUAGGCAGCGCAUCCGAGGCGAAUCAGUCUGAUGACGCCAACUCGGCCGAUGACGAUGACGAUGACGAUGACGAUGACGAUGACGACGACGUUGGACACGAGGACGAAGAAGCAGAUAGUGACGAUGAGGAGUCGGGCCGUAGUGAUCACGGCCAUAACACACAUCCUACAUCUCAGCAUUAUUACGAUGGGUCCGGAGGCGUAGGCGUAGGAACCCGUGAUCUGCUGUUUGAGGGCGCCGCAGGUGAUGCAGACGAGCCCAUCGUCCUGUCCGACUCGGACGAUGACGACGGUGAACAAGAAGCAGAAGAUCUUGCCUCCAGCAAUCAUGCGCGUUACAGCGAAGAAGAAGACGAAGAUGACGAGCAGCCAGAAGAUGGUGGCCAGGACGCCGAAAAUCCGAUUGACUCCGAGGGCGAAAAGCAAGACGACUUUGAUCAAGCCGACCUGGCCGUUCUCCCGCGGUUCAGCCAUGCAUUGCAACAUCAUCCAGCAGCGCACACAGCAGCGGUCUCAGAGCAGCAAAAUCAAAGAGGCUCUGUUUCCACUGCGCGCAACGGUUCUCUUCAUGACAAUUCCGUACCUGCACAGGCAGCAGAUUUCGACACACCGAGCAUCGGUAGACACGAGAUCGAGACCAGCAAGCCGGCCACCGUUCAUUCAGCUGCCGCUGGCUUGGAAAUUUUCGCACCUAGUGCCCGGCUGCCGUUCGGACACGAAGGCGAACGUGAACCUGAAGGCGAUGGCAUGCCCGAUAGCGAAGUCGAGCCGGAAGAGGUGGAUGAGGAUCUGCGCUGGUCUGACAUCGAGGCCAACCAAUCCGAGGAUGACACUUCUGCGCACGCCGGGGAUACAGCGCAGUUGGCGCCCGCCGAUGCCGCUUUCCGCGCUAUACAGGGGGCGCAGCCGAUGCCUGGCUUCGUCAGCGCCGCCCAAAUCUUUGCCGACAUCCAGGCUGCUGAUGCCGAGGCGAGAACCCAAGACACACAACCCGCUGACCUUGCGGACGGCGAUGCGGGGCGUAUUGACCCUCAACUUCUUGCGGGAUUCGCUAGUACCGAGCACGACGCGGAUCUACCCUUAUCCACCGAUAUUGUAACCGGCGCUGCGGUCGCAGAGUCAGAACCUUCGAACAGUCAAACCGAGGCUUACAUUUUCGACGCAUUCACACGCCAAGAUGCAUCCGAGGAUGCGCACACCUUUGUCGACGAACGCCGAGUCGACGUCGACGAGCCAAUGUCCACUGCUCGCGAGGCUGAACAGGGCGGCGAAGAAGUCAUCAGGGAGAACAGAGACACGCCAAUUGAAACGCAGCCACUGCAGCGGGAAGAUAUCAAACUCGCGGAAAGCUCGGCCGCUGAUGAAACCAUGCCACAAAGUAGCGAGGAAGUCGGAACCACGGACAAGAUCGUCGGCGAUGCCGAGUCGAAGGACGAGUCAUCCAAUUCCGAAGUGGAGCGACUCGAGGUGCUGGAAGGGGUGGCCGAUCAGCGCACCAGCACGGUCGCUGAUACCUUCAUUGCUGCCGCAGACACGAGCGAGCCUUCAGAGAAUGGCGAAAACACCAGCUACCACGCGUUUCGCCAAGGAGUAGAAGAGGAGGUGCCUGCCACGCACAUCCCACCUCAGGAAACGGCCGAGCGAACAGACGUCAUCAUCGGCACGACCAUGCCCAAGCUGGCCCUUGUCGAGCGCACAGAUGCCCUCGAAGCAGAUAUCGAAGACAAUAGCGAGGAAGACGUCGCACCCGACCAGUCCAUUGUCGAGCUCAGUGACGGCUCUGCGCUUCCAGCGACGGCGGCAUCCGAGCCCGAAGUGGAUUCAUCCGAGCCCAGCAGCAUCGCCCAUGUCGCUGCCGGUGGACCAAUGUCUACCAACGCAGAAGACUGUCCCGCUCCCGUAUUGGAAGAAAUGUCCACGCCCCGCAUCUCAGUCCAGGCGCCGGAGGAAGAGGGAAUUCUCAGCGGCGACCUGGCUGGUCGAGAUACCAGCAUCGAGCGACAAGACGGCGGUCCUCAAGCUAUUGCAAUUCCCGUUGUCGCUCAAGAGGUCGAGAUUCAGUAUCAGAAUGAUGCGGAUCUUGAUGCAGAAAGUGCCGUUCUGGUCGACGCUCCUGCGCAAAGCAAAGAAUCGGACCAGGACGAGCCUCAACAUACUUCACUUGUGGAUGAGGACGAAAUCAAGCUGCCAGAAGGGAAGAGUCCAGGCGUUGAGGCAAAACAAGGCGAUGACAAAGUCCGACAUGACGUGAGGGCAGGCAGCUCAAUCGCGAGCAUCACCGUCACCCAACCCGAGGUGCCCGAGCCUGAAAGAGAGGAAGAUCGACACACUGAUGUGACCACAUCCCUCCCUUCCACCGCCCGGACGCCAACACGUGUCCCGCCAUCGCCAGCAUCGUCGGACCGCCGAUCGACCUCGAGCUUCACGCCCGCAGCGAAUCGUCAAGGAAAUCGUCAUCUGCAUGGAGCCGCCAAACGCAGCUUCUUUGCGCAAGUCUCUGAGGCUGCCUCCGGUCUGGCUAACAACUUGACCGCUCCACUCCGCGCGAUUCCGUCUCUUCUUCCCAUCAGCGAGAGGCAUGCGGAGGAGACCUCGGAAGCGGCCGAAGAUGUGGAAGCGGCCGCGAUGGCCACAAACGAUGCGGAAGACGACGUAGAAGGAACAGGUCAGCAGCAAGCGUCCCGCUCUGACGAGUCGGUCGAGGCUGUCAACUCGCCCAUGACCACGCGAUCUCACUGUAUUUGCCGCAACCUCCGACUGAGCAUGGUUGAGGGCACCCCGGUCUUCAUUGUUCCCGGCUGCUCGAUCAACUACGAGCAGGCCCGCAAGGAAGGCGCAGAUGAUCUGGGCCCAACAGACGAGAGGCUAUCGGACGACUGGAUUACUGUGGACCCUGACUUCAUCCCCAAUGACGUGCACCACAUGCUCAGUCGCAUCAUUGGUCUUCAGUUCCUGAACGAAGGCAUCUGCGUGGAGCCAAACUCUACAGCUGCCGAGCUCAUCUACCCAAGCUACGAUCUUGACGAGGAUCUUUUCCCUCGUCUGGGCAAAGGUCAGAAGCGCGAAAACAACGACUUUGUUGGCAGUGCGAAUGGAGAAGAGCAGGAUCACAUAGCCAAACGAGAAUCCGCUGAAGCCGACGUGAAGGAUGAGGCUGUUGCCGACACAGCAAAGUCAGAGGUGAACGAAGAAGACACUCAGCGGCAACACCCAGAAACGCCUUUGCGCGCGACGAGACGAAGCACCCGGCACCGACGAACCAGCAGCGCAGCCUCGGCGUCGUCGCCGCAUCGUUCGCCUCGUCAUCCUGACCCGACGAGUCCCAAUGCCGACUAUCUUCCUGACGAAGAGAGACGCCGUCUGGUGAACGACAGGCACCCGCCAGCAUCCGUCGCUGGAAACAUCUCCAUCGCAUCGCUCGAAGAACAAGUCAAAGAUGAAGACGCGGACGACGUCGAUGAAGAAACGAAGAUACUGGCUGAGAACGAGGAUAAAGAGGGAGAUACGCAAGCCUCGUUUGCUUUGCCAGCCUCUUCUCCGCCUCGACCGAAGAAGAAGCGCGGCCGUCCUCGCAAAAGUGCGGCAGCGGAUACCCAGACAGCGCAAGAAGGGAGCAAGGCUGACGAGGACAACACAGAGCUGCCACCGGAGCCGCAGCCCAAGAAGCGACGUGCUCGCAAGUCUUCAGCCUCUGGCGCGGUCGAGGAUUCCAAGGACGUACAGGAUGCUGUCGCCGUUGAGAGUGCCCUGAACUUGGCUCCUUUGCCGUCCAAAAAGGCUCCCCGCGGUCGCAAGUCUCAGGUGAAAGACGCGCUGGAUUCGAGCAAAGAAGGGGCAGAGCAAGGCGAGCAAGAUGGUCAGGACCAAGUAGAAGGCAACUCUAAGCGCACGCGACCGAGGUCAACGGGCGAGGGUGAGGUGUUGCAGCAGGACGAUGGUGAAGAGAAAGACGGAGGGCGCAGCGUAUCCGAGGCAAAACAAGAUAGCAAGGCGAAGCGAGGUGGUAAAGGCGGAAAGAAGCGCAAGCAGAAAUCCGACGAGGAAGACUCAGCCGGCACGCCGGAGGCGGCAACAUCAGCGGUCGAAAAGAUGCCCAAGAUUGAUGAACAGGAGAGCGUCAAGUCGCCGCCACGCAGGAGCCGUCGAUCUCAAGGAGCCGUAGUGGCUCAGAGUUCAAGCCCUAGCAAGACCGGUUCGCGCAAAUCGCAGAAGCGCAACGUCUUGAAGCUCAAUUGA